AGCGCCGCAGCGGGUGCGCCGGGCGCCCGUCGCCAGAGAGAGGCAGCGCCGCCCGCCUCGCCUCUCGCCUCGCUCCUGCGCAACGCCCAGCCCGGCGCCUCCGUCCCGCGCCUCGCCUCGCCCGGCCCGGCUCGAGGGGCGGCCGCGCUCGCCCGCUCCCGCUCCGCCGCCCCGGCCGGCAGGUAUAUGGAGAGGAGCUCGCUGCUGCAGCUCAUCCAGGAGCAGCUUGAUCCCGAAAACACUGGUUUCAUUGGUGUGGAGACCUUUGCCAGCCUGGUGCACAGCCAUGAGCUGCCUUUGGACCCUGCCAAGCUGGAGAUGCUGGUGGCGUUGGCACAGAGCAACGACGAGGGACAGAUAUGCUAUCAGGAGUUGGUAGACCUGAUCAGCAGCAAGAGGUCUAGCAGCUUCAAGCGAGCGAUAGCCAAUGGGCAGAGGGCACUGCCCCGCGAUGGUCUCUUGGAUGAGACUGGCCUGGGCUUCUACAAGCGCUUCGUGCGCUAUGUGGCGUACGAGAUCCUGCCCUGCGAGAUGGACCGGCGGUGGUACUUCUAUCAGCACCGCACCUGCCCCCCACCUGUGUUCAUGGCCGUUGUCACACUGACCCAGAUCAUUGUUUUCCUCUGCUACGGGGCCCGCCUGAACAAGUGGGUGUUGCAAACAUACCAUCCGGAGUACAUGAAGAGUCCCCUGGUAUAUCACCCAGGACACCGAGCCCGUGCAUGGCGAUUUCUCACUUACAUGUUUAUGCAUGUGGGGUUGGAACAGCUGGGGUUCAAUGCCCUCCUGCAGCUGAUGAUUGGGAUCCCCCUCGAAAUGGUCCACGGCAUCCUGCGCAUCAGUUUUCUCUACCUGGCGGGAGUCCUGGCAGGCUCCUUGACUGUCUCCAUCACAGACAUGAGAGCACCUUUGGUCGGAGGCUCGGGGGGUGUCUAUGCACUUUGCUCUGCUCACCUGGCCAAUGUCGUCAUGAAUUGGGCGGGGAUGCGAUGCCCAUACAAGCUGCUCCGCAUGGUCUUGGCACUGGUGUGUAUGAGUUCCGAGGUAGGCCGAGCCGUCUGGCUGCGCUUCUCCCCACCAUUGCCUGCUUCAGGUCCACAGCCCAGCUUCAUGGCGCACUUGGCAGGUGCGAUUGUGGGCAUCAGCAUGGGCUUGACCAUCCUCCGUAGCUACGAGGAAAAUCUGCAGGACCAGUGCAGCUGGUGGGUGGUACUCCUGUCCUACGCCACCUUCUUGGUCUUCGCCGUCUUCUGGAACAUCUUCGCCUAUGACCUACUAGGGGCACAGAUCCCGCCUCCCCCUUAGAUGCGGUCCCCCAGUCCUCUCUGCAGCGCCCACCCUGGAAGUGCCAAAAAACCCCACAGGCGCCACAAGGAUCAGCGUGGCGCCACAAGCACAGAAGCCCGGAAGAAAUGCCACCGGCGUGCCUCCGAUUCGGGCGGGGUGUUUUGGCCGGAUGCUAAAAUCGGACCGUGCGAGGCUUCUGCCGAGAAGCACAAUAGCAGUGUGGAUGCUCGGCGACCCAGAUACAAACAGCGCCCCACUUCCCCCUCCCUUCAGAUCCUCAUAUGCCCAUCUUCACAAUAGAUGCUCAACUCCCCCCCCCCCAAAGAUUCCCUAGCGAGUAUAUGCAGUUAUGUUUCCUUAUUGGCAUGAGGAUUCUGAUCUUUUCUGUGAUGUUGAUGUUAUCCCUCCUUCCAUUUGAGGCUUAAAUCAGAGCUGGGAGCUGCAGUCCACCACUAGUCGCCCAGACGAAGUCGUGGCUCAAUUCGGACCUGCUUAGUUUCGGUGCUGGAGCUGCAUCAGAUGCCUUCAGGUCCCUCACUGGGCACCCUCUCGUGUUUGCACUUGAAAUCCCUUUGCUCCUUGCUCUCUGCAUUGGCUUGUCUCCUCUUCCAUGGGCUCCAGGAGACCCGUAGAAGGAGGGUUGCCGUCAGCGUCGCUGUUCUGAGUGGUAACUGGAGAAGUGAUGUGGGAUGCAGGAAGUAUUCUCUAACGAGUCAGAACCCUUUCCAUCUAAUCUCCCAGGCGCAUCAGGGGCUGGUAGGGGGUUGUUCCUGAGGGAGGGGGGCAGGGCCAGUGUGCUAGUGCUCCUGAAGCAUGCCCUUGCGUUGUGGUACUGAACCCCGAAACGAUUUCCCAUUUGAAGCCCUAAGUGCGAACUCUGCGGUAUCAAAGCCAUCCUCUUCCUUACCUUUCCCUUUCUGUUGCCCUCUCUCUGUUCUCUCUUCCCUUUUGGAAAAACUCGCGUUUGAGUCCAUACAGUCCAGGCCCAAACUUGUGUGGUUCAAAAGCCUGCUUAUUUGGUCAGAGGCGUGGCCAAGAUCAGAGACGUCCCGUUAUCUUGAUUCCCAGAAAGGGCGGUGGGGGAGGGCAGUUUGGACAUGAACUCCAUUAGCUGAAGUGGUACAUUUGUGCUUGGCUGUAGCACAGGAACCCAGUGAGGCCUGGAAUGCUUUGGCCCUAAUUUAAAGUAUGAAGGAGGUGGCCUGCAUUUCAGCCUUUGCCUAAUCAAUAAAGCCCCCAACUGCACCCAGGCUGUUUUGUCCAAAGGGGCUGGAUAUACUCUGCAGCCUACAGUUAGCUAUCGUUGGAGGGAAUUUCAAGAUGGCUUAGAAGAGGGCCUGUGGACACAGCAAGGAGGUGACCAUUUGGAAGUGAGGAAGGGCUGUCAGGUAGAUUGUGGGUCUGUGGCAUGAAGCUGAGAAGAGCUUGGCUCAGCAGUGGGUGAGCUCAGGCACGUGGCCCAAGAGUGCCGGGGGGCGGGUGUCACGGAAUAGCAGGGCCUAGCAGUUCCCCUGUGUUCGGCCCUCUCUACUGACCCAUCUGUUCAGGAGAGAUGAAGCAUAUCAGCAAGGGCAAGUUUACCAUAGUUUGAAGAGAGGGAGUAUUCCUAGAAACAAAUGUCCCAUAUGGAUUUGAAAUGUGCAGUGGCGGGGAGAACAGAAGUAUGAAUAAAUAUUUUGUGCACCAUU